AUGUCUGCGGCCGGUAGCUCUGAUCCGGCUCCCUCCACCAAUGGCACCUCGCUGAAGGACACCGUCGUCAACAACGCGGCGGCUGCGGUGAACACAGUACAAGAUCACCCUAUCACGCAGAAUGUUGUCAAUGGUCCAGUUGCAACAUCUAUCAAGAACCAGGCCGGCGCCACUGCUUCCGAAUUCAGUGAUCUCGCCGGCUCUCGUCAACCUCCAUCGUACACCGCAGCCAACGAAACCCCUCUGACCGAUUACCACUCCUUCUUCUACACCCUCUUGAGUUGGAAAAACAAACGAAGUACCGGCAUCACUUUUGCCUCUGUGGUCGCCUUCAUUUUCGCCUGUCGAUACCUGCCGAUCACGAGAUAUUUGUUGAAGAUCUCAUGGAUGACUCUGGCGGUCGUUACCAUUGCCGAGGCUUCUAGCCAAGCUCUCUUGGGCUCCAGUGUCGUCGGUGCCGUGCGACCACGACGAUACUACAAAAUCCCGAAGGAGACGCUCGAGGCCUCCCUUGACGGUCUGGAAAACCUCAUCAACUUUUUCGUCAUUGAGGGUCAGCGACUUGUCUUUGCCGAGAACAUUCCGGUGACAGCGGCGGCUUUCUUGUCCACCUUCUUGACCUACUAUCUCAUCAAGCUUCUCCCGCUCUGGGGCCUGGCACUCCUCUUUACCUGUGUUAUCUUCCUCGGUCCCUUGAUAUACAUUGAAAACCAAGAGUUGAUUGAUUCCCAGCUCGAACAUGCUGGCAACAUCAUCAGCCAACAGACCAACCAAAUCAAAGAGUUGACCGCACAACAUACCAGCAAGGGCUUGGAAUCCAUGAAGCAGUACACGGGAACCUAUGCGGCCAAGGCCCAGGAAAUGGUUGGAAGUGCCAGACAGAAAAUCCCCUCCCCCACUACGAGCAAGGCUCCGGUCAAGGAGGCCGACUUUCCUCCUGCCCCGAAAACCGACCUCCCCACAUCCUCUGUUGAGGAACCCAAAUCCGGGAGCGAGCCGGUGGCGGCAUAA